AUGUCUCUGAGGGCGGAGAAGCUGCGCUCGCCGCUGGCGGUGAAGUUCGUGUCGAGUAUACGCGGGCCGCUGAGGGACGAUCACGUUCGCGUCCGUCCCCCGGGCUGCGUGAUGCCGGCCAGGUACAUGCGAGACGCCCGGAGGAUCCUCGACCUGGAGGUCCGACCGGACGACGUGUGGAUCGUCACGCUGCCCAAGUGCGGAACUACGUGGAGUCAGGAAAUGGUCUGGUUACUCAUGAAUGACUGCGACUUGGAGAAGGCGAAGCAGAUACCGCUUAGUGAAAGAUUUCCGUUCCUAGAAAUAACGUCUGUUAUGCCUAACUUAAGUGUAAAACUGCCCCACUCGAUAGACCACGUUCAAAAUAUGAAGUCACCGAGACUGAUCAAGAGUCACUUACCAUUGGAACUGUUGCCGAGGCAGAUCAGAACUGUCAAGCCCAGGAUAAUGUACAUGAUGAGGAACCUGAAGGACAUGAUAGUGUCCUAUUAUCACCACUACCAGCUGUGGGGUGAGUGUCACCUCAGCCUGGACGAGUUUGCUGAGUGCUUCAUGGAAGACAUACCCAUGUACCUUCCGUACUGGGAACACGUGGUUCCUUUCUGGAACAUGCGCCAGGAGCCCCACGUCCUGUUCUACAGCUACGAGGAAAUGAAAGAGGACUUGGCAUUGGUGGUACGGAGAACGGCUGCCUUUUUGGGGAAGCCGAUCACAGAAGAGAUGGUGGCCCAGUUGGUCGACCAUCUGAGCUUCGACAGGAUGCGAGACAACCCUGCCGUCAACAACAGCUCCGCCGUGGAGCACAUCCGCAAGGAGCACCAGCUGGAGCCAGCUGCCUCCACAGGAAGAUCCUUCAUGAGGCGCGGCGUCGUGGGCGAGGGUGGGCAGCGGCUCUCCGAGGGCGUUCAGCGACGCCUGGAGCGCUGGACCGAGCAGCGCCUCCAGGGCCGUGGCUACACGGGGCCCCGCUGA